AUGGUCUGCUCCAACGACCUUGGAGGGCUGCGAGUCUGCGACAGGAGCUCAAAAGUCAAGGCCUUCUCAUCUUAUCCGGCAUGGGAGGACAGCGCUGACCUGCGCUCCCUCCUCGACUUCAAGCGCGCGAUCACCAACGACCCACGAGGUGCCCUGAGCGCGUGGAACGCCAGCGCCCACUUCUGCCUCUGGAACGGCGUCUGGUGCGGCGGCCGACCGCGCCGCGUCGUGGCGCUGGACCUGGCCGGGCAGGGCCUCUCGGGGCAGAUUGCCGCCUCGCUCGGGAACCUGUCGUCCCUCGCCGCCCUCAACCUCUCCACCAACAGUUUCUCCGGCCCGAUACCUCUUCACCUCGGCCGACUCACCGAGCUCCGAUCGCUUGACCUCAGCUACAACACGUUGCAGGGGAGUAUCCCGGGCGCACUCACAAACUGCUCCACCUUGAGGACACUAAACCUGUCGAGGAACUUCCUCGUGGGGCGAAUCCCCGCGGAACUCGGCAGGCUAUCCAACUUGACGUCUCUGAGCCUUCGCUUCAACAACCUCACCGGGAUCAUCCCGCCGGAGCUCUGCAACGUCACUUCCCUGAAAGAGCGCCGCCUCACGUACAACCAGCUCGGUGGUAGCAUUCCUGCAGGGAUUGGGAAGCUGACAGAGCUGAGGACGCUGUCGCUAGCAGAGAAUAGGAUUUCCGGUGGGAUCCCUGAAAGCCUCUUCAAUCUAUCUCUGCUAGAGUUGCUAAGCUUGAUAGGCAAUAGGUUAGAUGGUCAGCUGCCUCCUGCAAUCGGUAACGCCUUCCCUAGCCUCCAGUUUCUUGAUCUGGCUACGAACAUGAUUGAGGGUUCUGUCCCAGCAUCACUAGGGAACCUUUCCUCGAUCUAA